UUAUUUUAAUGCAACUCGGAUUUAGAAGUACUAAUCUUCUGACAAAUUCUGUCUCACACACACAAUGGCGUCAACAGUUGCAGGAAGUGUUCCCUAUUCAUCACUCACCACUCCCAAACCCUCGGAUCUAAACCCCAAAAUCUACUCUCUUGCACACAAUCCAAACAAUCCGCCAUCACCACUCAAUUGCAGCAACCAAUCCUUCUCCCCUCAUUCCGCAUUUCGUUCUCGCGUCUGCAUCAACAAAAAUGCUCGACCCCGCAGCCGCUUCUCGCCAAUUGUCUAUUCUUCUUCUCCAGUUGUAAGCUCAGAGUAUUUGGAAGAACCUCAGACCAAGGUCAAAUAUCAAACUUCACUGAGCCUUCCUGGUUGUUCUUCCUCACUGUCAUUACUCGGAACUGGAUACAGGGAAAAAGUGUUCGCUAUUAUUGGGGUGAAAGUGUACGCUGCGGGAUUAUAUGCAAACCCAUCCAUCUUCAGUAAGUUAGAUGCCUGGAAAAGACGUUCAUCUGCAGAGUUACAAAAGGAUUCAUCAUUAUUUGAUGCAAUUUAUCAGGCUCCUCUCGAGAAAUCACUGCAUAUUAUCUUAGUAAGAGAUCUAGAUGGUAAGACAUUUUGGGAUGCCUUGGAUGAGGCCCUUUCCCCAAGAAUUAAAUCACCGACUCCAGUAGAUGAAUCUGCACUUUCGACAUUCCGAGGCAUCUUUCAAGGCCGUCCUCUUCAGAAAGGAACUUCCAUAUUUUUGACUUGGUUGGACAUGGAAAAAAUGCUUGUUUUUGUCACACCUGAAGGAAUUCCUUCUUCUGUUGAUGCUACAAUUGAGUCAUCAAAUGUUACAUCUGCUCUCUUUGAUGUGUUUCUUGGAGGUAAUCCAGUUUCCCCAUCGUUGAAAGCUUCAGCUUGUGAAGGAUUGGCUGCAGCACUCAAGUAAUGGAAGAAAUGUGAAUUUCCUGUUAUUCUUUUAGCUUUGAAGGCUAGUUUAUUCCUAUGAACAAACUUUUAUUCCCACUGAAGAGCUUAAGUUUUGACAUGCAUAUACAUAUUCUUAUGUAUCAAUCAGCCAGCCUGCUCACCAUGCACUUUUUUCUGUUUGAAAUACAAGCACAAUUUCAAGUUUCUGGUUUAAA